AUGAGUGAGGAGCUGUGCGAAGAGUACACAAAAGUAGAGCGGAUAGUCGCGCAUCAGGUAGAGCAAAUAAAACCUCAAGAGAUGGCUUCCUCAAUGCUCAAAAAUAUGUUGUUCAGGGAUAAAAAUGCGGAUGGCCAAGAGGCCACAGAAUAUUAUGUAAAAUGGUGUGGACUUUCAUAUUCUGACUGUACUUGGGAGGAUGCUCGUUUGUUACCUCCUGAAGCAAUCCAGGCUUAUCAUCGCAGGAUCGAUAACUAUAAAGCGCCCAGCAAAAAUGCUGCGGUACUACGAAGAAGACCGAAGUUUGUAAAAAUCGAGGGUAUGCCAUCAUGGCUACAACCUGAUGAUAAAGAACAAACUCUUCGAGACUAUCAACUCGAAGGUCUGAACUGGAUGCUGCAUGCUUGGUGCAAACACAAUUCAUGGUUAGUUCAAGAGCUCCAGCUUUUUUUGAGGACGACGUAG